AUCAAUCAGUACUAGUCCUGCUUCAUUUGUAUUUCUAAUAAGGUUUUUGAAAUGUCUGGCGAUACAGUAAACGACGGCAAAGAUGAGAAGCAGGAGAUAGCUUCUCAAGAACUCACAGCAAGGAAACUUUCAUGGCAAAAUUUAAGAUCUGAUUCCUUGGACAUUGAAUCCCGCAAGGUUUCUAGUCAUCAUGCCCAUGCCACCAACAUUAAGGAUGCUUUGAUUUUCUAUACUUUCACCUUGAUCCCGCUAAUCAAAUAUGCAUUCAUUGUCUUACAGGCCAACGAUAACGGUGAAGGAGGGACGUUUGCUCUAUACUCACUCUUAUGUCGAUAUGCGAAGGUCGGGUUAACACCAAGUGAACAAGGUGAGGAUUUUGAUGUGUCAAACUUUCAGGUUGAGUCACCUAGGCCUAGCAAACGUCUAAUGAGGGCUUCAAGACUGAAAUAUAUGCUUGAGAACAGUCAAUUUGCCAAGUUCUUUCUACUGAUCACCACCAUGCUUGGUACUUCCAUGGUCAUUGGCGAUGGUGUCCUUACUCCUUCUAUUUCAGUUUUAUCAGCAAUGGAAGGCAUCAAGGUAGCUACACCUGCAAUGACAGAAGAUCGAAUUGUUGGGGUAUCAGUGGCCAUCUUGGUUUGCCUAUUCGCUGUUCAAAGAUUUGGAACUGACAAAGUAGGCUAUAGCUUUUCUCCAAUACUUUGUAUUUGGUUCGCACUCAUUGGUGGCAUCGGUGUCUAUAACUUCUUCAAAUUUGAUCCAAUGGUGAUUAAAGCUCUCAAUCCAGUAUACAUUGUAGAUUAUUUUAGAAGAAACAAGAAACAGGGUUGGAUUUCCCUUGGUAGCAUUAUCCUUGUCACAACAGGAGCCGAAGCAAUGUUUGCCGAUGUCGGUCAUUUCACAUGGUCUAUACAAAUAAGCAUGUGUUGUUUGAUUUAUCCUCAAAUUUUAGCAUAUAUUGGACAAGCCUCCUUCCUUCGCAAGCACCCUGAUCUUGUAGGCGAUACCUUCUACAGUCAUUUGUAUUGGCCUAUGUUUGUGGUGGCACUAUUGUCAUCAAUAAUAGGAAGUCAAUCUAUGAUUUCGGGGACUUUCUCUAUAAUUCAGCAAUCCCUUGCCCUGGGAUGUUUCCCUCCGGUGAAAAUCGUGCAUACAUCCACCAAAUAUAAAGGACAAGUUUAUAUUCCAGAAGUUAAUUAUCUACUUCUGCUGGCUUGUGUUGGAGUUACUCUUGGUUUUAGGACAACGGCAAAGAUCAACAAUGCCUACGGAAUUGCGGUGGUGUUUGUAAUGGUACUGACAUCAAGCUUGUUGGUUCUUGUCAUGAUAAUGAUAUGGAAAUCUAACAUACUUGUUGUUAUAUCUUAUGUUCUUAUCAUUUGCUCCGUGGAGUUGAUUUAUUUGAGUUCUGUCCUUUACAAAUUUGACCAAGGAGGAUUCUUACCACUAGCCUUUUCUGCUCUUCUUAUGAUAAUAAUGUGUGUUUGGAACAAUGUGUAUAGAAGGAAGUACUAUUAUGAGCUUGAACACAAGAUUUCUCCUGAAAGGGUAAAGGAGAUAGCUGCUGAUACAAAUUUCUGUCGAAUUCCUGGACUUGCCAUGUUUCACUCAGAGCUUGUUCAUGGGAUCCCACCAAUUUUCAAGCAUUAUGUGGCAAAUGUGCCUGCAUUGCACUCAGUCCUUGUUUUCGUCUCUAUCAAAUCAUUACCAAUUAGCAAGGUUGCACCAGAAGAACGGUUUCUUUUCCGUAGAAUAGAAGUAAAUGAGCUUAAUGUGUUUCGUUGUGUCGCAAGAUAUGGGUACAGAGAUGUUCGCUAUGAGGAAGAACCGUUUGAGAGAAUAUUAGUCGAAAAAUUGAAAGAGUUCAUAAGAGAAGAUUAUUGGCUAUCGCAAACAAUCACCAAUCAUGCGGAGGUUAGUGAAGGGAACGUAGAAUUUAUUGAUGCGCCAAUUAGAAGAGAGAACGAAGGUGAAAAGGAUGUAAGAUUGGUUCAAGAAGAAGAGCAAAAAGAGGCAGUACUGGAGAGAGAGAUCGAAUUGGUGGAUAGAGCAUUGUGUGCUGGUGCUGUUCACUUGAUUGGUGAGGGUGAAGUGAUUGCAGGAAAAGGAGCUGGUAUUGGGAAGAGGGUUUUGAUAGAUUAUGCUUACAAUUUCUUGAAGAAAAACGUGAGACAAAGUGACAAAGUAUUUGACAUUCCUCACGAGCGAAUGCUCAAAGUGGGAAUGACAUAUGAGCUUUAGAACACAUAUUAAGUAAAGGUGGGACGAACUUGAAUAUUUUGGAAGCCAAGAUGUUUAUUAUAUGGAGGUGUUUAUAAUUAAUUUAUCAUAAAAGAUAUAUUGUCAUCACUGUAGAGGAGAAAUUCAGCAAUCAAGAAGUAUGUUCAUGUUGUAAAAGAAUGUGGAAUAACAGAUCAUUUAUAAGAAUGUUAUGGAUGUAUAUAGGCUUGGGAUUACCCCUGCAGUGGAAGUGGGUUAUGUGUUGUUGUUCAAGUAUGUAUGCACAAGGUACUUUGUUAAUUAAGCACAGCCAAAUGGGUCAAAUAAGUCAUAAGGUUCUUUGUUAAUUAAGCUCGAACACAUGAUCUCUAGGUAAUCCAAAGUCUUGUCAUCCGGCCGUCAAGUGAUUCAUUGGGUUUGAUUUUAUGUACAUUAAUUUUAUUCCUUGUAUAAUGUGUUGAUUUCCAAGAUAUAU